AUGGUGCAAGUGACUGGUCGGCGUGCUCUAGUAAGCACGGAAGUAGGCGGCGAAAUAGCCACCAGCGUUCCAGUACCAUCAGAGGAGGAGAGGGAGGAUGACGGAGAAGACGCGGGAACGAAGAAGGAGAGGGGAUGGAGGAUGCCGCGGACAGGAAUGCUCCUGCCUGAACUACCACGACUAGACGCCGGAGAAACGGUGGUGGAGUUCUUGGAAAGCAGGGCCGUGGGACCCGAUGAGAUUAAGAGCGCGCGCCAGCUAGUUAGGAAUAUGGAGAGUGUGAGGGCGAAUAUAUCAGAGAUUGUGUGGAUCUUGCGGCCAGUGCUCUAUGCCCUCGCCCUCCAGCGUGUGCAAGGGAACAGGAAAGAUUGGCGGCCCUGGAUCCUCGGGGUCCUCAUGGAAAUGGGGAGCAGACAACUAGCGAAGAAAGAGAUUAGCGAGAAUGUUGUGGGGGGCUGGAGAGGCUUGAGCGAGGUUGAAAGGGAGGAGAUGAAGCGGCGCGGGGCGGGACUGGCGUGGUGGGGGAUGAGAGGGGCGUUUUAUGAGAAUGUGACGGGGAGCUGGGUGAAGGGGGUGGUGAAGAAGUUGAAGGGGAAGCCGUUGCUGGAUAUGGUGGGUGGUGUAGUGGAGGAUUACGAUUGGUUGUGGGAGGAGUAUUAUUUUAGUACUGCGACGCUUUGA